AUGAGGUACCUUACUGUCUGUACUCUGCUAACUCUAGCAUUUUUCAUGCUUAUAGCUGAAGCUAGUGCAAGAGUUAGGGUCAGAGUUCGCACAACACGGUAUAGAAGUUCUAGUGGCGGUUCGUUGAAGCCAAAAAUCACCAAGACCACGCCGAUCAAAGCGACCAAGUUCAGUUCUCCAGUUAUCAAGUCACAAGCGAAGCUUGGUUCUCGUACUCAAUUGUUCACUAAAUUCGCGGCAGGUUAUCUUUUUACCAGAUACCUACUGAGUGGAGCUCCCGUUUACCGAGGUGGCUUUCCAGUCUAUGGAAGUUACGUGUCUAUCCCUGAGAAAAGAGCCGUGAGGUUGACGUCGGAAAGAGUGAGUUUACUGGACUCCAAUGGAAGAUUGUGCCUGGCUCAAUCUUCACGAAGACGUUCUCUUAGAGAGGGAAUCGAAAACAGUCUCAUCGAAGUGAGAACAACUGUGAAGUACCAGGGCAGUCUGAAGGACGAUAAGACAUUUACCGGCAUCAAGAACACAGCUCCCCUGAAAGACGUCAAAGACAAGACCUUCACAGUAACCUCUCGCGCUCGCUACAGGAUCCCCGUCGUGGAAAACACCCAGUGCACACAAGUAGAAAAGCAAGUCAGUGGAACAAUGAUUCAGCUGUACGAGUAUAAUCCCAACGCUGCAGGUUUAAUCAGCAUAGAUUUGAGGCUUAUUUUUGCUUCUAUCGUGGUAAUUGGAGUUUUUAAUGAUUUUAAAUAG